UGCAUCCAGUGCAUGGAUGCAUCUAUGAACAUUAUGCGCCCUUUGGGUGGACAGCAGCUCAGCUCUAGUGACGUUAUGCGACUAAAAGUUAUCCCACGCAAACGCGCCUGCGCACACAUUACGACGAGAAUCAAAAUGGCGACGCCCAUAGACACUUCCAAACCGCGUGAGGAUGACGGAAUGAGCAGUAAAGACGUCGUAAAAGAUGAGCAAUUAGGUGCUUGUGCAGGAGGUCUGCAUAAUACAGACACAAAACCACCAUGCCUAAUAGUACUAGGAAUGGCAGGCUCUGGAAAAACGACUUUUGUUCAGCGCCUGAAUGCUCACUUAUACACCAAGCAGCAGAAACCAUACAUCAUCAACCUAGAUCCAGCUGUUCACGAAGUAGGCUAUCCUACUAAUAUUGAUAUCCGAGACACGGUGAAGUACAAGGAGGUGAUGAAGCAGUAUGGCCUAGGACCGAACGGUGGCAUCAUGACGUCUCUCAAUCUCUUUGCUACACGCUUUGACCAGGUGAUGGGCUUUGCAGAGAAACGCAGCAAAGAAACAAAGUACAUCAUACUAGACACUCCGGGACAGAUAGAAGUCUUCACAUGGUCAGCAUCGGGAGCUAUCAUCUCAGAAACUUUGGCCUCCACUUUCCCAACGGUUGUGGUGUAUGUAAUGGAUACAGCCCGGAGUGUGAAUCCUGUGACGUUCAUGUCUAACAUGCUCUAUGCUUGCAGUAUCCUGUACAAGUACAAACUUCCCUUCAUCGUUGUGAUGAAUAAGAUUGACAUCGUUGCACAUGACUUUGCAAUGGAAUGGAUGACGGACUUUGAGACGUUUCAAGAUGCUUUGAAUCAGGAGACGUCGUAUGCAUCUAAUCUCACUAGAUCUAUGAGUCUGGUUCUCGAUGAAUUCUAUGAGAAUCUGAGGGCUGUAGGUGUAUCAGCAGUCACCGGUCAAGGAAUGGACGACUUCUUUAAAGCCGUAACUGAAGCUGUUGAAGAAUACGAGACUGAAUAUAAGCCGCAGUAUGAAAGGUUGAGAAGAGAAAAGAUGGAAGCAGAAGCCAAAGAAGCACAAAAGAAGUUGGAGAAGGUCAAGAAGGGGAAAGGUCAAGGUUCAAAGGUCGGACUGACAGGAGUCUCGAUGGAGGAAGGUGCAGUCAUCAAAGGCCCAUCUGUGGAGCUGAGGUUAGGUCCAGAUGAAGAUGAAGAAGAAGUAGCGCUGGAUUCUGAUGAUGAUGACGAAGAUGAGCUGAAGGAGGCUGAAUCAUUCAAGAGAUUCUUACAAAGUCAAGGAGCACAUACAGACUCAUCUUGCCAAUCAACAAGCACCAAACCAUCAGGUGAUACAUGACAUCGCAAUGGCAACAGUCUUGUGUAGCCAAUCAACAAGCACUAAACAGUCAGGUGAUAUGUUACAUCACAAUACCAAGCAAGCUUCACAGACAUUAUGUAGGCAAUCAACAGGCACAAACUAGUCAGGUGAUACAUGACAUCACAAUGGCAACAGUCUUGUGUAGCCAAUCAACAAGUACCAGUCAUUCAAGUGAUAUGUGACAUAACAAUAGAUGACUCAUGUAGCCAAUCAGCAAACUUCAAACAGGCAGUUGAUAUGUAACAUAUCAUGAAGGAAUCCAGCUACAUGGACUUGACUCCUGUAGCAAAUCAGUGAGCAAAACUCUUGGGUACCUUUUGUUUGUACCUUAAGCAUUUUCUUCCAGAUGUCCACAGAUGCUUCCUGGAUAUUUGAGCACCAAAUGCGCUGAUGAGAUCCUGGCUCCAAGCUCUCAAUAAGUAGAAACGUAUAAGUUAGCAUGCAUAUUUAGUCAUCCUUUACUUUCAGACCACCUCUCUCUGGUAGUGUCCCUGUAUCAAUCCAAUCAUUGGGAACAUACAUGUAUGUUUUGCAGGACAUUUUUCUUAGCUUGCUUGUUUAUACAGUUAACAUCUAAAUUAUUGGUAACCUUACCAAGUUUUGUAAAUUUUUAAGUAUGUGAAAAUUGGAUCUGACCCGAUUUAUUCUUCUUGAAAAGGUGACAUAAUAGAGCUUACUAAAAGUAUUCAACAAAGUAUCUAAUUCAACCAGUUCACCUUUCAUUCUUGAGUUACAAAACACAAAAUACAUCAAAUUAAAAGGGGUAUGAAUAACUAGGUUGUUAACUGUACAUGCUCAAGUGUAAUUGGGAUAUGUAUGGUGGAAAAAAACAUAACCAAAAGCUCAAAUUUGAUUGCCAAUGUUCCAACUUCUUGAGGAAGAAUGUAUUGAUCUCUGAAAUGAAUAUUAAAAGUUUUUUUUUCCUUCUUUUUCCAAGGAAUAAUUAGUGUAAGAAAUAUUGUAAGAUUAAAAAGUACAGGCGGAGUAUAACAUUGAAAAUUGAAAGUUCACAGAUUCAAUUGAUUCGCAUAUGAGGCGCAUUACCACCAACAACAAAAAAUCUCCAUUCUGUUUCCCUAAAGCAGAAGUGUAGUUUGCAACAUACAUGCAUACAUCUUGAUGUGAGCUUUAAAGACUUUCUUUGGUAAUUGAUUGAUUCAGCUAUCUUGUUGAAUUUAGAUACUCAUUACAUAAAGAUUGCUGCAACUAUGUUUUAUGUACUAGAAUGUUUUGGUAAUGGAUUCUCAUAAUUUAUCCAAAGGAAGUUAUUUUAAUAUACAUGUAUCAUGAUUUUUCAAAAUUAAUCACAUUGUUUAUGAGCUGUGUGGUAUGAAAUGCAUUAAUGUAAAUACAUACGUGUAUAUCAGAAGAACAUAAAUAAAUUUGUGUUCUGUUUGUUUAAAA